CUGAAAUUUACGAUUGCGAUGUCUGAGUAAAGCUCACGCAAAUAAAAAAUUAGUUUAUUGAAGUCCUUCCUUGUAUAUCUUACACAAAACACAUAGUACACAAAAUACAACAGUAUUCUUAGCUUAUAUCAUAUGAAAUUUUGAAAUAAGUCAUGGACAAACCCAGUUUUAUGAUAGAAGCUCAAAAGCAACAACUUUUGAGUUAUCAAUCCAAAUUGAAGGAUGCUGCCGAUGCUUAUAAGAAUCUAUUGGAAGAGAAGGAAAUUCUUAAUGCCACAAUAUCAGCUUUUUCUGCUAUAGAUGAAAAUCAAGAGCUUUCGAAUGAUAAAUCGAGAAUUGAUGGAGCAACAAAGCAAUUAAUGAAUUCUUUGGCAACAUUGAGUGCUGAGAAGAGUCGAAUGGAGGCUUCGUUUCAAGCUGACAAGAAAUCCCUAAGGCAAGAACUUUUACAAAAAGAUGCCAAAAUUAAUGAGCUUAAAGAAACUUUAAAACGAAUGAAAACGCAUCAUCAGAUGGAAACAGAAAGUUUCAAAUUAAAACUCGUAUCAUGCGAUCGAAUGUUAACAGAUGAACGACCUAUAAAAGAAAAUUUAGGCGCUGACAAAAUCGUGAAAGAACUUAAUCAAGAAUUAGAUGAAAGAAAAAAGGAGUUGGAAGAUUAUAAAAAUGACAAUCAAUAUCUGAUGAAAGAAAUAGAAAAUCUGAAGAAUCAACUCAUGAGUGAGAAGUUAAAGACAAGAGAAAUAAAUGAGAAAAGUCGUCAACUUACCGCUCUUCAUGAAGAAAAAGUGCAAAUGAUAAAAGAAUUUAGUCAAAAAUUAGAUAAUAGAGAAAAACAGUCAAAAUUUUAUAAAAAUAGCAAUCAAAAUCUGAUGGAAGAAAUAAAAAAUCUAAAGAAGCAACACAUGGAUACUCUCAAAACUGAAAAGCAGAAGGCUAAAAAUGCAAAUGAGAAAUUUCUCCAACUUACUGAUUUACACGAAGAAAAAGUACAAAACUUAGAAUCACAAUUGAAUGAAUUAAAACUCACUGUUGCUCGCUAUCAAGAAUUGCGUGAAAAAGAUCAGAAAAGUAUAUACCACUUGAAAAACACAAUUAUACAGCUUAGUGGUGAUAUUGAAAAUGUGUACAAGCAAACAAGCAAAGAUUUCACUGACAAUUUUAUGAAAAUAAAAAAUAUUGUAAGCGAACAAUAUUGUGCUAUCGAUAAUAGCUUAAAUGAAGUAGCUGUGAUUGAUAAUAAUGCCAAUAAUACUGCAACGAAAAAGUACAAAAAAAUAGUUGAUAAUAACAAAACGAAUGAUAAAACAAUGAUCAAUGCUACUAAAAAAACGUACAAUAAUGUGAACAGUAGAAGUAUUGUAAAUGGUUCAGCAGCCGUCAAAACGAUUAAAAAUACCGCGUCUGAGAUGCAGUCAAACAAUUCAAUUCAGCCAAACCAGGAAAAUUCCACACUGCUCAACGGCAGUAGAAAAGAGCGAUCACUUCACUAUUGUUCAAUAUAUGUUGUCAGUGCUUAUAAGAGUCUUCUUAAAGAAAAAGAGGCUCUUGAUGCCUCAAUAUCAGUUUUAUCUUCGUCUGCCAAUGAAAAUCAAGAGCUUUCGAAUGAUAAAUCGAAAAUUGAUGACGCCACAAAGCAACUAAUGAAUUCUUUGGCAACAUUGAGUUCUGAGAAGAGUCGAAUGGAGGCUUCGUUUCAAGCAGACAAGAAAUCCCUAAGGCAAGAACUUUCACAAAAAGAUUCCAAAAUUAAUGAGCUGAAAGAAACUCUAAAAAACUUAACAAUGUCUCUUCAAAUGGAAAAAGAAAGUUUCAAAUCCAAACUCGUAUCAUACGAUCGAAUGUUAACAGAUGAACGACAUUUAAAAGAAAAUUUGGAAACUCAACUAAAACAACUUAAAACUCAGUUCUCUUUAACAUCUAACGCUGACAAAAUCAUGAAAGAACUUAAUCAAGAGUUAUCCGAUACUAAAAGGAAGUUAAAAGCUUAUGAAAAUAACAAUCAAAAUCUGAUGAAAAAUGAUUCAACUUCUUUACAAUUGCUUCACGAAGAAAAAGAGAAUCUGAAAAAGCAACACAUGGAUAAUCUCAUGACUGAAAAGCUAAAGACAAGGGAAGCAAAUGACAAAAGUCGCCAACUUACCGCUCUACAUGAAGAAAGAGUGCAAAGUUUAGAAUCGCGAUUAAGUGAAUUAUCACUCAGUGUUGCUCGCUAUCACAAUUUGCGCGAACAGGAUCAGAAAAAUAUAUUUCACUUGAAAGACACGAUUUCUCAGCUUACCCGUGAUUCCGAAAAUGUAGUCGCAACUGACACUAAACAGAAAAACUUUUCCAACAUUCAAGUGAUUAUGGAUGAAUUGGAUAUGUUGAAACAUUUACUGAUUUACGAAAAUACUAAACUUGAUAACCCCAUCGACUUAUCACUUGUGCUAUCAGUUCCUACAUCGUCUUCUGAAGAAGCAACAGUUAGUUAUGAGAAAUUUCAAAUGUACAAAAAAGAAAAUGAUAAAGUGAAGUCAGAAAAUGAAGUUUUAAAAGCAAAAAUAAUUGAAAAUAAUGUUCAUAUUGCGACACUUCAAGAGAAAAUUGAAGUUCUUAAUCAAAAUCUUGAUGAUCUUGAUAAAGAAGUUAAAAAUAAAUCAAUCGAGAUAAACAAUGUUGUCAAAACUGAGAAGAGUAAAUGGCGUGAGAUUAUCAAUCAAAUGGAAAGUGAACAUCGCUCAAAGGUAUCCCAAUUAGAACAGCAACUUCAGAAGCAACGCGAACGUUCACUAAUUCUUCUUGAAGAGAAAGAAAACGAAAUUAAAACAUUGAAAACUUCAAAUGAAUUAUUCAUUCCUAAACAUAACUCAUUUUCUUAUCUUCAAUUUAAUCUCUCCGAUAAAGACAGUUCCGAAACAGAGAAAAAUGUUGAAAGAAAAAUCAGUUCUUCAACUCAAAAUCUGCCUGAAACUCAUAUGAUUUAUUAUUCGAAUGAAUUAGCAAGAAAAGACAUAGAAUUAUCAACUACACGAAAAGCUAAACGAGAAGCUGAAGACUUAAUCAGACAAACAUUAAAAGAAAAGAUUAUGAUUCAGGAAGAACUCAGUGAGAGGAUUAAGCAGUUGGAAUUGGAAGUUCAUAAAUUGGAACGUUCGAAAUCACGGGAAAGUGCAAAUCUUGAGUAUUUGAAAAAUGUCACUUUAAGUUUCUUGUUGACUUCUGAUCCGGAAUCAAGAAAGAAGAUGCUUAAUGCGAUCACUGCUGUGUUGAAAUUUGACGAAAGUGAAAUAGCUCAAAUCAGCAUUCUUUCUUCUAAGAAGAAAUAGAAAAUCUUUUAUUAAGACAUCACUAAUUGUAUGUAAAUCAAAUCCUGUGAAGAUUAAAAUUUAAAUAAAGUUAUGCAUUUGUCACAUAUUUUA